AUGUUAAAUGUGGUGUUAACACCUCCAACACAGGGCGAACACCUCAGCACCGAGGGCAAACAUACAGCAGCAUUCAACCCAGGGCGCACACCUCAAGCACAGAGCACACAUCUCAAGCACCGAUGGCACACAUUCAACACCGAGCGCACACCUUCAGCACAGAGCGCACACCUCCAGCAGAGAGCGCACACCUCCAGCACCGACGGAAAACUUCAAGCAGAGAGCGCACACCUCAAGCACAGAGCGCACACCUCAAGCAGACAGCGCACACCACAAGCACAGAGCACACACCUCAAGCACCGAGGGCACACAUUCAGCACCGAGCGCACACCUCCAGCACAGAGCGCACACCUCCAGCAGAGAGCACACAACUCCAUCAGAAAGCGCACACCUCCAGCAGAGAGCGCACACCUCCAGCACGGACGGAAAACUUCAAGCACAGAGCGCACACCUCAAGCAAAGAGCACACACCUCCAGGAGAGCGCACACCUCCAGAACCGACGAAGAACUUCAAGCACAGAGCGCAACCCUCAAGCACAGAGCACACACCUCCAGCAGAGAGCGCACACAUCCAGCAGAGAGGGCACACCUCCAGCACCGACGGAAAACUUUAAGCACAGAGCGCACACCUCAAGCACCAAGCGCACACCUCCAACAGAGAGCGCACACUUCCAGCACCGACGGAAAACUUCAAGCACAGAGCGCACACACUACAGCACAGAGCGCACUACUCCAGCAGACAGCCACCGACGGAAAACUUCAAGCACAGAGCGCACACCCCCAGCAGAGAGCGCACUCCUCCAGCAGACAGCGCACACCUCCAGCAGACAGCGCACACCUCCAGCACCGACGGAAAACUUUAAGCACAGAGCGCACACCUCAAGCACCAAGCGCACACCUCCAGCAGAGAGCGCACACCUCCAGCACCGAAGGAAAACUUCAAGCACAGAGCGCACACCUCCAGCACAGAGCGCACACAUCAAGCACCGAGGGCCCGAGGGCACACAUUCAGCACCGAGCGCACACCUGCAGCAGAGAGCGCACACCUCCAGCAGAGAGCGCACACCUUCAGCAGAGAGCGCACACCUCCAGCAUCGACUGAAAACUUCAAGCACAGAGCGCACACCUCAAGCAGAGGGCGCACACCUCAAACAGAGAGCGCACACCUCCAGCACCGACUGA